AUGGGUGGAACGUGCUCGUGUCGAGGUCGAGGGAGCCAGGUCAAUGCUGGCUCAAUCCUGGAUCGUGUGAUCAGCCAGGCCAGCAAUGAAGAUCAGUGUCUUCUCUAUCGACUCGCUAAUUACAAAAAAGGAGGCGAGCUGAUAGAGUCCUAUAAUCAAGGAGGCCAGCAAGAAGUUGAAAGAGUCAUCAGCGAGCAGUUUGGAAUUUUGAUGUACUCAGGUGGCAAGGGUCAGGUGAUAAAUCGGGCUGAGUAUCUAAGAUGGAAAUUUAGAGACCUCGAACAAGUCAUUUUGCCAAUAGAAGCAUCCUUGUCAAGAUUCGACCCUCUUUCCAAAUGGAAUGACCACGAAGCCUGCUGGCAGAUGCAGUACAGAGGAUCAUUGGGAGAGAGUUUGCUUCACGUUUUGAUUAUUUGUGAUACAAGAGCUCAUACGAGAAUAGCUCGCACUUUGCUCAAGUGCUUUCCAAGGUUGGCUAUUGAUGUUGUUGAAGGCGAGGAAUAUUUGGGAGCUAGUGCUCUUCAUCUGGCGAUUGCUUAUAACAAUAAUGAGUUGGUCCAAGAUUUGGUGGAAGCUGGGGCUAUAGUGAAUCAGAGGGCUACUGGAAGCUUCUUCCUACCCAGAGAUCAACAAAGACUUCGACCUGCCAAGACCACUGAUUAUGAAGGACUGGCCUAUUUGGGCGAGUAUCCUUUGGCCUGGGCUGCAUGCUGUGCUAAUGAGAGCGUUUAUAAUCUUCUACUCGACUCUGGAGCUGAUCCCGAUGAACAGGAUUCCUUUGGAAAUAUGAUUUUGCACAUGGUGGUCGUCUGUGAUAAGCUGGAUAUGUUCGGAUAUGCUUUACGACAUCCGAAGCUACCUGCUCGCAAUGGAAUCGUGAAUAGUGCUGGCCUAACUCCACUGACACUGGCAUGCCAGUUGGGACGUGCUGAAGUGUUUCGUGAGAUGCUGGAGCUUUCUGCUCGAGAGUUCUGGAGAUACAGUAAUAUCACUUGCUCAGCAUAUCCGCUCAACGCACUCGACACGCUGCUGCCUGAUGGAAGGACGAAUUGGAAUUCUGCCUUGUUCAUCAUUCUCAAUGGAACAAAAGAAGAGCAUUUGGAUAUGCUAGACGGUGGUAUCAUUCAACGACUGUUGGAAGAAAAGUGGAAGACUUUCGCUCGGUUGCAGUUUCUAAAACGUCUGAUUAUCCUCGUCUUCCACCUGGCUUCCUUGUCUCUGGCUGUGUAUUUACGGCCCGCGGAAAUUGACGCUCAGCUCCUCAAGUGGCCCGAGGAAAUAACGGACGUGGGACGUACAAUUGCCGAAUGCAUUACAGUCGUCGGUGUUUUGGGCUACAUUCUGAUUCAGCUGGGUGGCGAAAUAGUCAACGUUGGACUUCUUUCUUUCCUCAAGCAGCUGGUAUACAAUCCACCUUUGCUUUAUUUAGACGCUUUCAAAUCGCUUGCUUUGUGUUGUAUUUGUAAAAUUUUAUACGAAAGAUAUCCCGAGGACGCGUUAUUAUUCUUUCCCUUGAAUGGUUCUUGGCGAAAACAAAUCUUUUUCUGUAGGGCAGUACGUCUUACGGGCCCAUUUGUCACAAUGGUCUACAGUAUGAUAACAGGAGAUAUGCUAACGUUUGGUAUCAUAUAUACAAUUGUACUUUUUGGGUUUUCCCAGUCGUUCUACUUUCUCUACAAAGGCUUUCCAGGGGUGAAAUCAACCCUCUUUCACUCUUACCACUCAACUUGGAUGGCGUUGUUUCAGAUAACCCUCGGCGAUUAUAGUUAUUCGGACUUGAGCUACACGACCUAUCCCAACCUGAGCAAAACGGUCUUUGCCAUUUUCAUGGUGCUGGUGCCAAUAUUGUUGCUCAACAUGUUGAUUGCCAUGAUGGGAAAUACUUAUGCUCACGUUAUUGAACAGAGUGAAAAAGAGUUUGUAAAACAGUGGGCGAAAAUUGUAGUGUCCUUGGAACGUGCAGUUUCUCAAAAAGACGCACACAACUAUUUGCAAGAAUACAGCAUCAAACUUGGACCAGGAGAUGAUCCUAAUAAUCCAGCAUCCGAGCAGAGGGGAGUUAUGGUGAUCAAAAGCAAAUCCAAGACCAGAGCUAAGCAAAGAAAGGGCGCCGUUGCCAAUUGGAAGAGGGUUGGUAAAGUGACAAUAAAUGAACUAAGGAAACGUGGGAUGACCGGAGAAGAAUUGCGACGCAUUAUGUGGGGACGUGCGUCCUUCUCCACUCCAGUGCGGACAAGCCCCAACGUUGACGAGGUUGGCAUGGUGCCAGGAAUUUUUGGCGAUGCCUUAACUGCAGCCUUGGACGUAAUGGCUUUUACUCAUGAUUUUGAUGUGACCCCAGGAAAUAAUGAUCCUCCAUAUACCAUUAAUCAAAAUUUAAAAAUGCCAAAUGCACCUUUGCAACUCAUACCAAACGGCCAAGUAAAAAUUGUGAUGAAUGGUCAGCAACAAGAGACGAUUGGCAUUCAACAAAGUACACCGAAUAAUUAUUCGGUGAAUAAUUACUCACCUUCUCAAGUUCAAAAUCAAAACAAGUCUUUAAUAUCUACCAAACCUCUAGAUGGAAAAGUUAAAGAGUCUUCAAAAAUGCAACAGGAUUCUGGGAACCUCUUUGGUAUGAUCAUUCAAGCAGAUAAGAGUUCAGGUAUCAAGGAAAAUUCCGACCCCUUGCUGGAUCUAGUAAUCGCUUCCGAGGUUAAAGGCAUCAAUCCUAAAAGUUUUCUCGAACUCGCGGAAUCUGCACGACUUCUGAGCGAGGCUUCACUGAAACCAGUGAAACCAUGCAUUGAUCCAACUAUUUCGGAAGGAUUUUCCAUUACCAGCAUAGCCAUAGCAGCGUCGGUGAAAUCAACCCUCGUCAGGAAGCAAUACUUCAUCGAGUCUAGCGAUAAUGACGUUUGCGGAAACGACUAUCUUUUGGGCACGGAAGCCCGCCUUCGCAGGAUCAAGUCUGCCAAUAGUAGAUACGUAACGAUGAAAAGGAAAUCCGGGCAGGACGAGGACAGUUCCUCUUCCUCGCCAUCCGUCGGGAACAAUUCCAGAUACCAUCCUCUCUUGAACGAGCCAGAAGACCUUUCAAGUCAACAGCCAAAACCAUCAGUAAAAAUCGAUUUCAAGCCGAAUGAAACAAAUAACAAACCCCAAAAUGGCAAAGUUCACAAGCGCAGGCCCAAAACUGCGAAAAAUAGAAUAUCUCCAAAAGAGAUGAAUCAGACAGACUUGAAGGAGAAAACUAAGGAAGAAUCUGCUCUUACGUCUCUAACUGAUCCUUUGGAGCCUUGGAGUACACGAGGCAUCACGGAUAUGAACACCAUACUUGCUUGGAAAGAAACUACACAAGACAGUCCUUAGAUUUAUUUUCUUACUAGAGAAAAUUUUCAAUAAUAGUGUAAAUAGAAAUUGGAGUCCCGUUUUCGAUAUGAAAUAAGUAAAUAAAGAUAUUUUUUCGGCUCUUAAA